UCAGCUCCAAGGGGCUGGUGGAGCCAGUUGAAGUGCAGCCCAGUGUCAGGAGGCAGGCAGGGCCAGCACACCACUCCAGUCUGCUCCACCAGCCCCGGGGGGGGGGGGGGGGCAGUUGCAGCCAGAGCUGUGCUCCCUGCCAGGCUGAGUGACAUGGGGCUGGUCAUUUCUACUUCUGGGUGCAGAAAUUGAAAUCAUCCUGGGAAUCGUGAUCUUAGUGGGAAUCCCAGCCACUGCAAUAAUCAUUUACUGCCGUAUGAGGAGGAGGAUAAGUAGAGUGGGUAGAUGUUGUUGGGCUUCAGGGUCUCAAAGGGCGGUGAUGGGUCAGAGAGGUUGGAGGGCAGUAGAGAUGCCUGUGGGUGGAGAGGCUUCUCAGACUGGACGUAUCUCCCAUGCCAUCCCAGGCUGACCCCUGUCCUGUCUGUAGUUCGGACCUAGGUUGGGCAGUCUCCUACCCUGUCUCUCAGUUGCAGGUGCCAGAAUAGUGUCUUCUGGGCCAGGACAUGACCCUGUGCUACUCCAUGGAGGGGACACUGCCCGAACAUGUGGCUGUGACAUGGGAAAGGAUCCGCAGCAAGGACAGGAUGGUGCCUAAGAGCGCUGGGGACCAAGAGAUCCCUAAGCACCAACCGAUAUUACCCACCCUCCCCCGGAGCUGGAGAGCGACAGAGAAAAGAACUAGGCCCUGCCUCCCGUCCUCCCUGACCUUCACCCCUGCGGUGCAAGAUGAUGGAGCACGGAUCUGGUGCAUCUUCCUCCAUGGGGUCGAACAGAUCAGAGAGGAGCAAGUGUCCCCGGAGAUCUGGGUGUGGGCCCGGCCGCAGGUGUCUGAGAUCCAGGUGUUGCCGGAGUGGGACCCCCGCGACAAGGUGCCGUUUGCUGUCCAGCUCCACAACUUCUACCCCAGGGAGGUGCCCCUGAUCCAGUGGGGCUGGGACGGGGCCGGGAGCUGGAGGGAAGAUCCCGCGCAGAUAGACAGGAACGCGGACGGCACGUUCACCGCGACGAGCAUCUGGCGAGUGCCCAGCCGGAGCCUCGCCCGGCCCCUGCCAGGCCACGGCUCCCCUGACGGGGCCUGUCCCUGCCUCUGCCUCUUCCCUUCCCCAGGUCUCCUGCGGCCCCCGGACGUGUCCGAAAUCUCCCAGACCGAGUCUGUGGCCAAGGGGAAGGGAGUCACCCUGAGCUGCCGCAUCGCGGGGCAUUUCCCGGGGGAGCUGAGCGUGACCUGGCUGCGGAGGGGCAAGGGGGAGGACACUGCUGUGAUCCUGCGGGAUGUAGAUGAGUGCGGGGUGGAGCCCGGCACGGCCGUCCUGGCACGGGAUGGGAAGAGCUUCCAGCAGGAGACCAGACUCACCCGCUGGACGUCCAGGGACCAGGGGGCAGAGUACAUCUGCCGCGUGGGACACCUCGCCCUGGAGACCCGCUUUGAUAGGACCAGUGGAAAGAAGCCCAGCCCCUGAAGAGCUCAGACCCGCACAGGAUCUGGAUCCACACCCUCACCCCCAGUUGGGCACCGGACGGGAAGUCCUACAGCGUGGAGUAAGAGCUGCACCUCCGCCACACUGGGCCCAAGAUUGAUGGGGUGGAGUACCUGCACUGCGUGGAGCAUGAGGCCCUGAAGAAGCCCAAGUUCAGGUCCAGUGUGCAACAGCAGCUCCAAGGCCUGACCACCGACACAAGGGGCUUGAGUUCAGAACAGGGGCACGUAUGCCUCCAGCACACGCGUGCCCCCUGUACUUGCAGUGGCUGUGGCAGCAGCAGAUCCUGAGAAGGUAAGUGCGGGGCGGAGGCAAGGAGGAACCAGAACAGCUGCAGAUAAUCCAGAGGUCGCACGCCCCCGAGCCCUCUUAACUGAACCGGCAGGAAACGGUGCUCCCGACCAGCGCGUGAGCAGAGCGGGCUCUGUUAGCGUGCGCCAUCAUUCGUGCAAGGUGGGCACACAGAAGUAGCCAGGAAGCAGUCUCCAGCAGGGCAGCAAUGAGGACUCGUAGCUCUGCUGCUAAGGUCCAGAUGCCUACGGGAGAAACCCCACGAGAGGGUCCACAGCAAAGGAGUGGAAGACUGUCACCUCUGCACCCAGGCAACGGGAGCUGGCGUCUGCUCCCCCAAAGCAGUUGGGGAACAGGUCCAAGGCCCUAGCAGCCUUGCUGAAGGAUGCAGCAGAGGGGGCCGCAGAGGAAGAAGUCCAUCUGACCCCCACUGAGCAGACUGGGGCACCAUUGCCCAGUCUGAAGAGGAAACGCCGGGUUGUUGUGGUGGGCCACUCACUCCUGAGGAGCCAAUCUGCUGACUGGAUCCUAUAGCAAAAGGGGUCUUCUGCAUGCCUGGAGCUAAGAUCAGCAACGGCACUGAAAGGAUUCCUGAUCUCCUCCAGCCCUGCGACUACUCCCCCAUGGUCCUUGUCCAUGUGGUACAAAUGAUGCAGCUUGGAGCAGUCCAGACCUGCACCAUGAAAGACUUCCAUGAGCUGGGGGCCAGGCUUAGGAAGUCAGGGGCACAGGUGGUAUUCUCAUCCAUCCUUCUAGUUGGCAGCAGCCGGUGGUGCCAGGAUGCACCAAGGGCCCUUCCCCUUAGGGCCUUGACUAGGUGGGGGGCUGCUCACCCAGCCCCUUCUCCGGGCUUGCCCGCCCCAAAUGUCUUUCGCCUCUGGGACCCAAGGGCCCAAUGACUCAUGGUCCCAAAGGUGGCAGUGAUCAGGGUGCAGCUCAAUGGUAUCUCCUCUGCUGGAGCACCUCUCCAGGCCUCUCCCGCAUUGCUGGGCUCCUCCCCACCCUGUGCCCCACUCCAGGCACCGAGGGCUCAGCUCCUCUCAGCUGCUGCACCACUGCAGCUGGCUCCUGGACCUCAGAUUACAGCACUACCAUUUCCCCAUGCCCUGGCUCGGCACCGAGGGCUCUCUUAGCACAAGCCGGGCCCUUCAGGCUCCAGCCGGCUGUCCUCAUGCUAGCUGGUUAACCAAGCAGCCUCCACUGCUCCCUGGCUCCUAUGACACAGGCCCGUGCACCAGCCUGCACACCAUGGGAUCUGGCCAUUUGCCAGGCAAUGGGGCCUCAGCUGCCUUACUGCAGCCCCAAGGCCUUUGCCCUGAGCACUGCCCCAAGUGCUGUGCGGCCUGCUGGCUAUGCCAGGGUUGCAGGCUCAAGCCACCACUUGGGGCUCCCAAAGCCUAGGCUCUAUGCACCAAACCAUAUCCUGUGAGGGGCCCAAGCAGUCUCACACCACUCCCAGGGCCAGAUCUCUGUGCACUGACCCUGUGCGCCAUCAACGGCCUAAGCAAUCUCACAUCCCCCGCCAAGCUGGUCUUCCGGUAGCAGCCUCAGGAGCCUUGGGCCUAUUGCCUGCAGAGGCAGAGCUCCCCAGCUUCUCCUGGCCCCCGAGAAGGGGGCCCCCUAGGGGGUGGCGCAGAGUUGGGUGGAGCAGCGGCACCACGUCUAACCACUUGCUAACCACCACCCCGACUGCCAAUGCCGCCGAUGGCAUUGGUAGCUUAUUCGGGUCCCGAGCCCAUGGGAUCGGAGCGGGGGCGGAGCCCCGGAUGGGCUGAUUUGCCCUGGGCCCUGCACUCUGCUUGGGUCUGCUCUUUCUGGGGGGCAUGGGUCUGCCCCACCUCCCAGGAGUGCAUGCCACAGGGGGGAGUCGGCCACGUCCUCCCAUCCCCUGAAUGACCCACCCGUGGUCCUAUCCCACUCUCUGCUGGGGCCCUGCAGCGGCCGCUCCUUGCAGCCUCGGGCCCCGAACCCCAAGCCCUCGGGCUGCCUGGCUGGGCAGCCGCCCCAGCCCUGCCCAGCUCUGUCCCUCCCUAUGGGAGCCCCAAUCCUGCCCCCACCACCCUGCGGGAGCUGCUCUCCAGGCUGCCUGGGGGCCAUGUGCAUGUACAAGUUAUAAAGUGCCAUAACUCCAAUCCUUCAAGGGAAUUUAAAAGGCACCUUUUGCAGAAAAGCCUACUGCAUACGAAAAACGGGCAGUGGGACUGAAAAAGAUUAAAACAUUUAAGUAUGGAUAUGCAAAACAAGCCCUAU